CUAGCGCAAAUGAGUUUUCCGCUCAUUCCAUCGACAGACGUCGGAGCAAGCGUUGGGUUUUGCAGUUGUGUUGUUCAGAACGAUUUACAGCUAAUUUGGAGAAAUCUGGCAGCAUCUUAUGAACAGUGUUAUGUAUGUGUGUAUGUGCGUGUGCGGAAUCAUGAAACGGGAACUGUAUGAUUGAGGGUGAAAGUAUCAACAUUUCAAUUGCAGCAAAGUGAUUAAUAACGCAACAUCGGUUUAACUAAAAGACUUGCUUAAAGAAUCCAAAUUUUCGGUGGUACGCAAACAGGUAAGAUGCCGGUGAACCUGGCCACCUUUGUUCUCCCGUUAGAUGUGUGAAUGUGUGCGUGUGUGGUACUGUCAAAAGAAUCAGCAAAGCGGCGACAUCAGUAGCAGCAAGGACGGUGACGACGAACAAGCGCUUUUCUAUCCAAAUUUCAGAGUUUCAUAGUUUCGUACCCUAGUGUCGCCAUCUUCCAUCCGCUUGCUGGUGCAGCUAUGGAAGUCGAUCAAGUGUCGGGUGUUUUGCACACCAUCUUAACCCCCGAAGAGAUGGAAACGAUCGGGGAAGCGUCGAUAAAAAAGAUCGAAGAAGCGUGCGGAAAGAAAUUCGAGGAAUUCCUCAUGGCUAAAGCGUUAUGUGAAACAACAAAGACUGACUUAGACAUCAUGAAGACCGACUAUGAGAGGAAAAUAGAAGAGUUGACGCUGAAGGCAGAAGAUGAAUCGGCCAAAUAUCAUUCCUCGCAGUUAAGCGUAAAGGAAAUGCGCAUAGAGCUGGAAGACGUAAAACAGGAGCUUAUAAAAGCGAAGGAAAAGCUCUUUACGAAUGAAGCGGAAAAUGAUCGAUUCCGCAAAGAGCGUAACCAGGCACUGGCCGAACGAGAUACCAUGGACAGUGCGUUAAAGCGCAAAGAGCUCGAAGUUGACAGAUUGCACUACGAUGUGCUCGAGCUAGAGAAGAAGAUUAAAUCUGCCAACGCGGCCAAAUGUGAAGCAUUAACCAAAUUGGAAGAGAUUGGUAGCAAAGAGCACAGUCUCGAAUUUAAGGAAAAGCGCAUGGAUCAGGAAUUGACGAUGCGCGACAAUCAAAUCGCCCGGCUGUCGCAGGACCUGGAUCAAACAUUGCGUGAACUGCAAGUUAUUCGACGCGAUCAAAACAUAAAUUCCCUCACGAUGGAAGCCAAGCUGACCGAAAAGAAUGAAGAAUUGAAAAUUGCUAACCAAACGAACUCAUUUCUUUCGGAACAAAAUGUGGAACUGUCUGCUAAGGUAGAGGAAUUGGCCACCAAAAACAUGAAGCUUAGCAAUGAAAUGUCCACUAUGAUGGAACAUUAUCGCAAGGAGCUGGAUUCACAGAACCGCUUGUGCGAAUUACUGCAGCAGGACAAACACGAUCACAUGCAGCAAACUAAAGAACUAGAAUCGGCAAUUACUGCCCUGCGCCAGAUGCUGAACGAAGCAACUGAGUCCUGCGGUACGAUCGAAACAGAGAAAAAGCAACUCGAAUUGAAGCACGCUGAGGAGCUCGCGAACCGAGAUAAAUCUAUCAGUGAUCUGCGAGAAGAGCUGAAGCACGCCAACGACCUGCUCGCCGAAGCACGGGAAGAAAAUGUGGAACACGCGGUCGAAAAGCUUGCCCCGUCUGCGGCUGCUACGAGCCGCAUGUUAAAAACCGGUAUGUCACUGACGGAAGUUUACUCGCUGUAUGUGCGCACCAUGGAAAAGCUGCAAAUAGAGGAGAAAGAACAUGAAAAAUUGAAACUACAGACACAGAACAUCUUACAAGAGCUAGAACAAAGUGCACCGGAGAUUGUACGCCAGCAAACAGAAAAUCAAAACCUAAAGGAGGCGAACGAAGAUAUAACGACGCAGCUCAAUAAUAUGAUCGCGCAAAGUGCAGAAACGCAAGCGGAAAUGUCGGCGCUGCGUAUGAAAAUACGCGCGAUGGAGGCUGAAAACAUAAAUUUCCGCCAAGAGCGUGCUGAUCUCAGCCGCCAAGUUUGUCAUCUACUGUUGGAAGUAGAAAAAAUGCAACAUGGUGUUGCUUCGCAAGAGAUGGAUCAAUCCUUUAACUCCAAUCCAAACGAGGUCAUCUCCAAGAAGCUGGUAACGUUCAGUAAUCUUCAGGAAUUGCAGGAUAACAAUGUGAAGUUGCUGCUUGUCAUACGAGAUUUCAGUGCUAAACUAGUUGAGAUGGAGAAACUGCAGAACUCUAUGAACUCAGCUACUUACGAGGCGAAAUUGGAAGCAUGUAAUAAUCGGAUCCACGAGCUAAAGGACACGGUGGACAAACAUUGCCAUUUGCUCGAACAAUGCAGUCAACAGCGUGAUCGUUACAAGAAAAUGUAUCAUGAUGCGAUGCGUAGCUAUAAUCCCGGAUACUACUCAGCCAGCAUGAAUGGAGGCAACAUGCAGGGCGACACGUUGAUGGACGGGCUGGAUGAGGUGCCGCUGGCUAACAGCAGUACAGCAAACGAAACGAAUGGUAACGGCAGUAGUUUAGCUGCGGCUGUGGCCGAAAAAGAUCGUAAGGUUGCUGAGCUGGAAAACAAAAAUCAGAACUUGCAACAAGAAAUGAAUGGUAUAAAACAGGAAUACGAGGCUUACCGUCGUGAGAAACACUCCAAUGACGUGCUAAUAAAUGAGCAGUUAGAUAAAAUGCGCACCGAAAUCCGCGAAUUAUCUUCCAACAACGUGAAGCUGAUGGGAACGAACGAGUUCAACUCCGAGCAGAAUCGCCUAAUAUCGAAGAACAUCACGACGUACAAAAGCCAAAUAACGGCCCUUGAAGAACGCAAUCGUAAUUAUGAGGGCACCAUUGCGAAACAUGAAGCAUCUAUCAUGUACCUAAAGGAAGAGGCGAUGAGCGCGCAAACGAAACUUGCCCGUGCCGAGGUGCAGCUGGAAAAUCUAAAGCAUGAAUGUCGAAUUCUCAAAGACAGUGAAACGCGGCUGCGCACGGAACGUGAAAUACUAAAUCGCGAGCGCUGCAACCAGAAUCUAUUGCUUAACAAUCUCGAAAUGAUUAAGGUCAGCAUGGAGCGUUCGGAGAACGAAGGCAGACUACGGCUGGAGUCACGUCUUGACGAAACAUCCCGCGAAUGUUCAGCCUUGCGUCGCCGCUUACAAGAGGAGCAAGAUCUUUGUCGCGAGCAAUUGGCAUGUUUGCAGCGACAGGUGGAAACGGCGCAGAAAAGAAUGGAAGAAGAAAUCGCCAUCGCUGAGGGACACCAAGCAGAAUUGCGAGAUGUGCGUAAUGAAUUGGAAAUCAAAACGCGCAAGAUCGACGAUCUUCAGCGUAAGCUACACGAAUCGUUGUCUCCGAACGACGAGGACAAUCCAGUAACGCAAGCAAAGCGAAAGAUUCGGGAGCUAGAGAACAGUCUGGCCGAGAGCGCGGUGGAGAUAAAUUCACUUCAAGCACAGUUAGCGACAGCACAGGAACACGUGAAAAAGUACGCAGAACUUUCCGAAUCAACCGUAAAAGAAUUGAAAGAUGUGACAGAGCUAAGCAAUCAACAAAAGGAAACGAGCCAAAAGGAAAUUCUGGCUUUGCAAAAGAGUGAAGCAGAUCUGCGCACCCAGGUGGAAGAGCUGAAAACUGAACUGUCCUUAAAAAUUACUGGUGCGAAGCUUACAAGCGGUGAUAAGGAUUCCGAGUUGCAUACGGUACAGUUGGAACUCAAAACAACCUUAGAGAAAGUAGCUGACCAAGCCCGCGAAUUGCGUGAAAUUCGUGAAAAAUGCAACGCUUUAGCGGAAAAGUUGCACGAAGCGGAACAAAAGUAUGCCCGCGAAAUGAUGGAACAUUCCGGAGAUAUUCAGCAGUUGGCCCAACUGAAGGAAGACAUGCAGCGCACACAGGCACAGUUUGAAGAGCUGCAAAAACAGCGUGAUCAGGCACAGGAACAUUUGAAGACGGGCGAAGAGUGUUGGAACAACCGAGAAGAAAAGCUUCGCACAGAAGUAUCUCAGUUGGAGGAACAGCUAAGUAACCUCAACUCGCAAAAUGCGGCAUUGCACGAUCAGAUACAAAACCUUGGCACUCGGCUAUCGAUUAGUGCAGCAGCACACAAUAAAACGCUAGGGGAAGCGGAAUCUACAAAUGCGGAUAAUUCUAUGAUUGGCGAGGACGCUUCUAUUCUGAACCGCUCGUUGAACGACGAGGAGAAACACUCCGUCGAACAGCUGCUUCAAGUCAUUAAAUACCUUCGCAAGGAGAAGGAUAUUGCGGUAGCGCGUUCCGACAUCUUACGCUCGGAGAAUGUGCGGAUACAGUCAGAACUAAUGAUAUUGGAAAAGAAGUUCGAGGAAGUGCAAGGUGAGCUGAAAGAAAUGCGUGAGAAAACAGAUACAGUCACUGUGACAGCGGCCAAGCAUGAAGAAAUCUUGCGUAAGCUCGAUACCUAUAAUGCGAUAAUGGAUAGCAACAGGGUGCUACGGGAAGAACGGGAUGGUCUUAAUCAGAAGGUGCGCGAGCUGUCCCAACGUUUGCUCGACGCUGAGGAUAAGCUAUUCCCGCUAGACGAGAAGGUGCGAGAGCUGACAGUGAAGCUGGAAUCUUCUACCAACGAAAACACGACGCUGCGGAUGGAUGUUGCGCGCCAGCGCCAACGUAUGACGUCGCUGGUAGAACGUUCUUCGAAAAUAAAUUCAGACGACUGGAAGCGUAUGCAGACGGAGCGUGAAAAUCUCGCCAAAAUGCUUGUGGCUGAAAAGGAUUUGCUCAAGCACGCGAAUGAGGAACUGAACACGCACAAGGUCGAACGGGCGAGGCUCGAGGGUGAGCUGAGUUCGGCAAACAAGCAAUUGCACGCUUGCAACGUACAGGUGAAAAAAUUGACUGACGAUCUGGAGGCCACGGCAGCCCAAACUGCGGAACUAGAAACACUUAAAGCAAAGCUGAAGGCAACCGAAGAUUCCUUCAGUGAUUUGCGAAUCAAGGAAAGUCAGAUUCGAAAGAUUGCCAAACGUUACAAGGACUCGUUUAACGAGCUAAAACGGCAGACCGAGGAACAGCAAACGGGCACUGCAGAAAGUGCAUACGUUUCGAGAGACUCCACGCUUGAUACAAGCGCAUCCGUUGCUUCCGUCGCCACCGACGAGAGUGCCGCAGACGUGGAAGAUAUGCGCCGACAAGUGGAAACGGCGGCUGAAGAAAUUGACACGCUCAAGAAGGAGAACGAGCUGCUGCGUGCUAAGUUGGAGAAGGCGGAACGCAGCAUGGACGUUGUGAAGGAUGCGAAAACACGCAUUCUGACACUGACCGAGCAAAAGAAUAAUGCAACGCGCGAGCUGAACACGGUGAAGGGUCAGCUGCAACAGCAACUGGAUCAGAUGCGAGAGGAAACGGACAUGAUGAAGGCGCAGUAUGAAGGGCGCGUGACGCGCUGUGAGAAAGAGAAUGCCGAUGCGGAUCGUGAAAGCAAAGAUACGAUCAGUCGAUUGACUCGAGAAAACGAGCAACUAACGAUACGGCUGAAUCAACUGAAUCGACAGCUAGGAUUGCAGCAAGCGGUGGCCAAACCAACGACGACUGCUGGUGGAGCUGGUGUGUCGGAGAAACCAGCAGGCGAAAGUCCACGCACAGCGAAUGUUAAACCGAUGGCGGGACCAAGCCAGCAGCAGUCGGCUACGGUUACACCGCGUCGGGUAAGCGAAACGCCGCUCGCUAGCAUACGGCCAAUGGCUGUGGGCAGUCGUACAGCUGCGGUGCUUCCAACAAGCCAAACCAGCAGUACGAACGUAGCGAUUGUGCAGGGUUCAUCAGCAUCGGCCUCCGUAUCAACAUCACCGGCUGCCGGUGUCGGUGUAUCCGCCGGAACGUCGGCUAGUAACAUUGCCGCCAGCACUGCAUCGGCAGGAGGAAGCAGUACAGCGGGAUGCACUGGAUCAUCGGUAGUUGCCAGCGUUGGUGGGGCAUCGGCUAGUGUGUCCGGUACGCCAUCAACCAGUGGCCUCACAACGGCGCUUGUUCCUCCACAACAGCAGCAAGUGCACAGUGUCACGGCUACUAGCAGCAGCAGUUGCGGUGGUACUGGCGUUACCAAUGCCCUCGGUUUGAAUGAACAGAUUACAGCAUCUUCUUCACCGACUAGUUCGCAUACGGACUACAUGCCUGCUACCAGUUCAGCUAGCGUCGCAGUGGCUGCUGUUCCGCCGAUGGGCACAGCUUCGACUUCAACUGCCGAAAGUUCAUCGUCAUCGUCUUCCAGUACAUCGGCGCAUGCGGAAGGAGAAAAUGCCCCGCAAAUGAGUAGCAACGAUCAGGCUCAGCAGCAACAGGUGCAGCAAGCCGCUAUAGCCAUGGUCAUGCCACACGUGGAAGGUGGAGUUGCCCAGCAACAAUCACUGCAACAACAACAACCACAACCUCAUCUUCCGCAGCAACAGCAGCAAGGGAAUGUACAGCUGCAAUUGCAACCGCUACAGCAACAGCAGCAGCAAUCGACUCCUCAAGCCUCUUCCAGCAAUACUGUCACCACUACGCAGGCUGGCCACAAACGUCCGCGCGAUGUAGAAGGCGACAGCUCCACAGACAACGCUGGGCAACAGUUGGCCAUUAAACCAACACCAGCUAAGAAACGGAUUCGUAUGGUUCAAGUGGCAGUGGAUGGCUUUCAGGGUGUCAGUGAAUCUGGUUUGGAUGUUGAGUAUCAAGUACCGACGUCGUCACAGCGUGACCAGGAAGACGAUAUCGUUCUGGUAGAAUCCGAGGAGGAGGAUGAUGAUGACGAAGAGGAGGAAGACGAGGAAGAGGACGUCGGAAUGGCCGACGAAGGUACGGCCGAAGCGGAUGAUGGUCCGUUCGAUGGGUACGAAAACGAAGAGCUGGGUGGUGCCGGUGUCGGAGCGUACGACGAGAGUGAAGGUCCGGACAUAGACGAGGAUAAUAAUAUUCAGUCCGCUAACAAUGAGGUCGAUGUGGAUGAAGACAAUGAGAUACCGAACCCUUGUGGCACGACUUCUACCACGUCUACAUCGACAUCCUCCACAUCAUCGUCUACGCUGUCAGCGAAACAGACGGCGGGACAGCACGCGACACCAAUGGACACGACGGAAGAUGUAGAAACAAGUAGCACAAGCAGCACGUCAGUGCCUGCAGGUGGAAGUUCAGUUGCCGUUGCCGGCCCAUCUACAUCCACGCAGUCGUCGUCUGCUGUGGAGAGUGGCGCUAGCACAAGUUCUACCAUCGGCGGCAAUGUAUCGAACGAUGCACAACAAUUGCCCCAGAUACAAAGUACUACUGGUACUAACCACAGUGAAGCUUCCACCGGUCAGCAAUCCUCUUUAUCCUCCUCGGUACCACUGCCAUCAACAGCUGCGUCAUCAUCUGGGACAGGAACGGCAUCGCUGCAAUCGCAAGGAGCCGCAGGUGCUGGUAUCGUCGGUGGCAGUGCACGGCAGGUUGUGAAUCCAUUGAGUCGCCAACAGCAGCAAGCGACACACCUCAUACUGAUGCAGCAAAACUAUGAGCACCAUGAAAGUGCUGAUGAUCGCAUCGUGCCGAGCACGCCAACAUUGUAUGCUCCUCGUCGAACUGAUGGUUUCAGUGUAGGUUCGCCACAUCCUCAAGUACCUACUGCACGAUUCACAUUCAGCGAAACGUCCACCAGUCGUCAAUCAGUUGGUGUGGUACCGACAAGUGGUGGGGUUACCGGUAGUGUUGGACUACCAGAGGGGAUUGAUGACACCAGGAUUGAUCUUUCGCAACUGGACGAAGCAACAGCCGGUGGCAGUGGUGGUAGUGGUGGUGGACGUAGCGUACCUACAACACCACAACAUACCACCAAUUCCGAACAUAUCGUAAUGGGAGGAAUGGCCACACCUGGUCCAUCUAAUAAUGCACUCAACAUUAUCGAACGUUCAUCUCCCGGUGGAGGCGAAAGUCAAGUUCCCGAUAUUCUCGUUUCGGGUGCUAACAUUGGAGACGGUUACAUUCCGGAAUCGACAACUAGCAGCACUAUCGAUCCCCUACAUCCGACAUAUUCCUCCGAAGCGCUAGCUGCGUCCGAUGCAGCCAGUUCGGAAGUUCUCGAUCGCAGUGAACGUGAACUGCUAGGGGAAGAUGAAGACGAUCUUGUCGACGACGGUGUGGCAGCCGGAGACGAUACUGCAAUGGAUGCUGAAGCAAAUGAUGUUGACGAUGGUACAAGAACGACAGUUUCUGAAACCACGGCUGCGGCCCCAACUACUUCGGGUAGCAUCGAAACACCAACCACAGGAGCAUUAUCAAGGAAUGCGCAACAAUCCGGUUCCGCCAGUGGUAGUGGAUUAUCCUCGGGAUUAUCCCGUAACAACGAAGCUGAUACGGGUACCAGCGACGAUAGAAUCAGCUCGGAGGGCGAAACACUGUCAACCACUUCAAGACCGAUGGAGGAAAGUAGUGAAGCGGAAGUAUUGGAAUCGCCCAGCAGCAAUACGCGUUCGCGUACCUCAACACAACGUGGUACACCAAAUGUAACGGGUCGCCAUGCAGGGCGACGUUACAGUCAUCGUGGGGCAAACCGUACCCCUAUUACCUGGAACGACGGGAGAGCCUCCCUCAACCGGUCCGGCUCACAAAGUGCAGGACCUAUGCAUUACCAGCCUCCGCACAUGAUGCAGCAGCAACAGCAGCAUAUGCAGCAACAACAGCAGCAACAGCAACAACAACAACAGCAACAACAGCAACACCAACAUCAACAUCAACAACCACGAGGUCGGAAUCCGCGAACCGGUCGUGGACGACGUAUGAAUAACCCGUACCGAUAUCAGUAAGAAUAACGUUGCUAAACGAAGGUGCAUGGAGGUACGCACCAAAAAGAAUAUGAGUUAAGUUUAUUAUAUUGAGCUCGGAUAAUAUUCGUUAAAUACGAAGCGAAUUAAAAGACAAAUCUCUUUAAUCCGAACGCUUGGAUAAGAUUAAUCAGAAUGACUAUCGAGACUAAAUACGGUGAAGAAAUGUUAGUUCUCACAGGAGCUCCUAGCUGAUUAUUUUUUCUCAUUAAUGUACUAUUAUUAUUUUUCUUGUACAUGCGGUUUCCAAUGGCACGUAUACAUCAUAAAUUAAAACUGCUAGGAGAGCCAUUCGAUUGCUUAAAUAUAUUAGGAUCAUUCAGCAUUUUGUUCAAAGCGAUACAAACUUGAUCAUCAA